UGACACUUGACAACUCCUUUCAUUUGAGGUUCACGGUGCACGUGGAGAACGGCAGAAAUGGUAAACACAAAGUUUAAAUAUUUGGUGGCGGAUACCACAGCGUUCAUCAACAACGUUCAACUCAAUGAAUACGCCGAAAGUGUUCUCACCGUGCCAGAUGUAGUGAACGAGGUAAAGAGCAAGCGACAGAUUAAACGCCUUGUGGUUCUUCCAUUCGACCUAAAAGUCCAGGAACCCGACGCGGAUGCUCUCGCUUACGUGACGAAUUUCGCCAAGCAGACCGGUGACUACGCCAGUUUGUCUGCCAUCGAUUUGAAAGUGAUUGCUCUGACCUAUCAACUGGAGAAACUCCAUGUUGGCACGGAGCAUCUCCGAGCUGCGCCAGUUGUCUCUCGCACAGUUGCGUCUAAGACAAAACCUGAAGAAUUUCACGUAAAAACGCCUCUAGCAGGAUUUUACAACCCAACAAAAGACGGAGAAAGUGACGCCAACGAGGACGAUGAAACUAAAGACGAUAUCAAUUCGGUAAUUGAAAAUGCAACAGAACCAGUUGAACAAACCGAAGCUGAAGAGGCGUCCACUGAGGCGGAUGAUCAUGAAGAUGAACUCACCGAGGAACAGUUGAAGGCAUGUUUCGAAAAGCUUUCCUGCCAACCAGAAGAGGACAAGGACGCUGGCGUGCUUGUUCCUGAGAAAUCAGAGAAGGCAGACCAAGAGUCUAAGGAAGAACAGGAGGAAUCCACAGAAGAAGAAGAAAAUGAAGAGGAUGACGAUGACGAUGCGUGGAUCACCCCGUCCAACAUACAGAGAGUGAAGAAGGAAAUGGCUGGCGAAGUGGAGGAUGAAAAACCGGCCGUUGUCGCAUGCAUGACCACUGAUUUCGCCAUCCAAAACGUACUUAAACAAAUCAACCUGAACGUCGCCGCCUUGAAUGGAAGAGUAAUCAAACACUUGAAAACUUACAUCCUGCGCUGUUACGCGUGUUUCAAAACAACGAGCAUAAUAACAAAAGUGUUUUGUCCCAAUUGUGGAAACAAAACACUAAAACGUGUUGCAGUGAGUCUGGAUGAAAACGGCCAGCAAGUGGUUCACAUUAACACUCGCCGGCCUCUUACAGCAAAAUUCAAAAACCAGAGCUUACCGCGACCGCACGGCGGUAAACAUUCGAGAAAUCCUAUUUUAGUCGAGGACCAACCGAUUCCAAAGCAAAUGCCUUCGCGAGUUGCGAAAACAAAAACUAAUGCAUUGGAUGAAGACUAUAUCGCUGGAUAUUCGCCGUUUGUUACCCGCGAUGUCGAUUCCAAGUCAGCAUUGCUGCGAUCGAAGGGGAAUAUCAAGCAAUGGGCAAGGAACAAUGCAUACGAGGAGGAUCGCCGCAAGAGAAGAUAUAAUCGACUUGUCAAAUGAGUCCUUAUUUAUUGAAAGUUGCUAACGAAGUUGU